AUGGACUUCUUCUUGGGCAAGGUCACCCAGCAUGCUGUAAACUAUGCCAUUAGGUCUGGAAUCGGUGUGACUGCUUCCUUUGCCAUAAGACAAAUUCCAAGAAUCUUGAAGACCGUGGAUAAUAAUGCCGAUUAUCGAGAGCUUCAUGAAUUACAAGAGAGACUCAAUAGUAAAAUCAAAAUCGUAUCACCGGCUAUUGAUAUGAUAGAGCUUAUUGCCGCGAGAGGAAACACCACUUUAGAGUCAGCUGUAUCUUUAACCAAAUCACUUCGAUGGGAUAUUCAAUCUCUUGGUAUGAGGUUAGCAAAAGCUGCAAGUGCUGCAGAAGUUUCACUUCGGAAUAAAACCAAAGCAAAAACACAAGCUGCUCAUGAGACUGAGAUUCGAGAGAUCCUCAGAGAUAUUAAGAAGCUCUUAAUGAAAAUCGAGGACGCUGUUCCACUCAUUAAUUUAGCCAUCACCACUUCCGGAGCGAACCUCUCAACAACACUUCCAGCUACUGUAUCACCGUCCAGAUUAUUACAAGCAAGUAAUCUUCUUACUGCUGCAGAUCAUCAAUACUCCAGGAAUCCAAAUAGACCAGUACAAGUUGGAACAACACUUACUCUCUCUUUGUAUAUGUUAUUUGCCGGACAUGCUUAUCGAGCUCAUGAUGAAGAGGGUAUGAGAGAAACUACUUGGAAAGAAGUCAUACAUAAAGCCAAAGUCAGACUUUUACGUGUACCUCUCAAAUCUACAUAUGGACCAUCUGGACAAUUACACCACUCUAAAGAGGCCCGAGAUUAUUUGACUGCGAAAGAUUCUUCCUUGAUUAGUGGCGAAGGUAAAGCAACGGAAUACGCAUAUCAGCUUGAAAUAAUCGAGGAUUUUGAUGAUGAUCGGGUUCACACAUUUGAGGAAGGAGAACCACAACCUGGACCAUAUGAAGAUGUCAAAUUGGCGGGUAUUCGAGAAUACUUACCAAUUCAUCAGAUAUCCAAGAUAUUCUAUGCAGAUACUGGCAAAAUACUAAAUAUCGGUAAUCAGGAUGAAACAAAUAGUCCUGUUUUACUAUUGAAGCGAGAUAUUAAUGCUAUGCCACCAAGAAGAAUGAUGGAGGGGCAGGAGACACAAAAUGAAUGGUACGAUGAUGGUGAAGAUAUAACUCCAGAGGAAUUUUCAGAACCGAACGAAGAAAGGCUAAAACGAGAGGAUGAAGAGGAUGAUGAAUUUGAUAUCGAUGAGCAACUUCGACGAGAAAGUAUGGCACCAGAAUCACCAUCAAAGGAAACUAUAGAAAUGCCACAAGAGACAAACACAACAUGGCGACUUCCUCAUGAUCUCGACCCAGAAUGGCUUGCCUUGGAAGUAUAUACUGAGGCUGAAGAUUCAGAAUCUGAAGAAGAGUUCGAGUCUGAAUCAAAUGGAGAUUCUUCAUAUAGUCGACCAAAUACUUCAGCUGAACAAAUCUCUACUAACGAUCUAACCACGAAUCUAUCAAAUCUCAAAAUAUCCUCUCCAGCUCCAGCUACUCCCUCAAAAGAAACCCAUCUUCUACCACGCCCUAUAUCUCCCAUGCCUCUCUCAUUUAACCGCUUCGAGUCUCCUACUCAACCACUGCAAAUCGACAUUAAUCUUCGCUCUUCUCUUUCUCUUCUCGAGAUGCUUAUACGGCUUACUGCACUUCAACAAUUUCAGCAAUCCACUCAUCUAUCCGUUCCAGAUGAAUUCCUAACUUUCUUCCUUCAUGAAUCAUCUACAACUGGUGCCGGUGGUAAUGAUUCGGAACGUAAACGAACAAGAGCGAUGGCGAGAAAGAAAGUAGGAUUUGAUCCUUAUGAUGAGAGUCCCGUUAAAAGACAUGGUGAGGCUUAUCAACCUGGUUAUGAAGAAGAUGGAAAUGAUAGAUAUUCGAGAGGAGGAACACCUUGGGAUGAAAAUCUACCAUUGACACCAAAAUGGACAAGGGAAAGAAGUUCUACACCACAAAGAUCAAUGGCCUCACCUAUUAGAUCUGGAUAUGAAAGCGAUGUAAGACAAAGUCGAGAAAUGUUUUCUUCUCCACUACCUUCAUCACCAAUAUCACCUUAUAGAUCGAAUUCUCAACCGCAAUUUCGUCAAAGACGGGAACACGGAAAUGAUUAUAGAGGAAAUGGAGUAGGUGGGAAAAGUAAUGGAGGACCGUUGGAAAGAGUUUACAAGGAAAGGGGAGGUGGUACUUCAAGUGCGAGAGCAAGUCCUUUGGGGAAAGGAGGAAGUUUAGAGAUGAGUCCGACUCCUGAAAGUUCUAAAUUGGUAGCUAGUAUUGAAGGGGUCGGAGAAGAUGGGGAAUAA